AGGCGAUCUUUUUUUGCCAACAUAAGCACUCAGCUGAAACAACAGCUAUGACUCAGUUGCCAGCGAACGCUGCUUGAAUUGAUUUAGUCGGAGUUCAGAUUUAGCACAUAAUCAUGUUCAAUUUGAUCCACUGUGCUGCCUAGAGAUAAAAGGGUUGAAAAAAUAGAUUUAGCUUAUGUCAGUCUUGGUGGUGAUGUCAUUGCCAUGAGAGAUGGAAUAGCGCUGUUACUAUGCUCCGCCGGCUCAGUCGGUGGGUGUACGAGGGGAAGGCAAGGAGCAACUCAGUUAAGUGCAAAGAGCUCGUGGCGGAGGCUUGCAGUUAUUGUCGGCACUGAAACAGAAUUUUGGACAGCUCAAUAGCAAAUACUGAGCCGAAGAUUUUUGUUUUCUUCCGGUCGUUUGUUACUCGGAGGUUGCUUAACUCUGUGUACAAAAGGGGGGGAUGCCAGCCCGUAGCAUGGACUGUGAUGUCUCCACUCUGGUCGCCUGUGGGGUUGAUGUGGAGAUUUUUGCCAACCAAGAGGUUAAGGAGAAAUUUGAAGGCUUGUUCCGUGCCUACGAUGACUGUGUGACAUUCCAGCUGUUUAAGAGCUUCAGACGCGUGCGGAUAAAUUUUAGUAGUCCCAAAUCAGCCGCUCGUGCCAGGAUAGAGCUGCAUGAAACACAGUUCAGAGGGAAGAAGUUAAAGUUGUAUUUCGCACAGAUUCAGACCUCUGAGACAGAUGGAGACAAGCUUCACUUGGCUCCGCCACAGCCUGCAAAACAGUUUCUCAUCUCGCCUCCAGCCUCCCCACCUGUAGGGUGGCAGCCAAUAGAUGAUGCAACACCUGUCAUCAACUACGACCUCCUUUACGCAGUUUCUAAGCUAGGACCAGGAGAGAAGUACGAGCUACACGCAGGAACGGAAUCCACUCCCAGUGUGGUAGUGCACGUCUGCGACAGCGACAUGGAGGAAGACGAGGACCCAAAGAAUUCUCCAAAGCCAAAAAUCAUUCAAACUCGGCGCCCUGGUCUGCCACCUCCUGUAUCUAACUGAGCCUCUCCAGCAGAAGCAGCACUUCUCUCCUCCAGCACAGCUCUUGUGUUUUUUUUGUUUGCUUUAUUAUUAUUAUUUUUUUUUUUUUGAAAGGCAGCCAUCGCCUUUUGAGUACCAGGACAUUAAGCUCAUGGAAAUCCCUUCUCAGUAAUCAAGCCUAUGUAACAAAAGGGCUAGGAAAAAAAGAUCUUUGUAAUAUGUAACCAUAUCACACACCAACUAAUAGGUUUUCUGGAAAGGACAAAACAAGGCUGAAGCAGGGAGGGGUUCAGUCUGAGGAUUUUCCACAGCUAUAAUUUGCAUGCUGAAACGCCACCACCAGAGAGAUCGGUCGCGGUGGGUGAUUAGGCUGGUAUCAGGCUUGAUAUUGAAACUCCCAGAAUACUUGCUGCUGCCCUUCAUCAAGGAGCCUGCUUCUCUGCCCUCAGUUUUCCAGCAGACCUCAGUUUUUUUUUUCUUUUUUUUCUUUUUUUUUUAAGGGGAGUGAAUUGUUUUUAAUCUAGCAGUUUGGUGGCCUUUCAACCCCCUGGAUUUUUUUUUUUUUUAAGGAAUAUUAUCCUUGCAACCUUUUUAGAAACAGAAAAAUGCCCUCUUCCACCAACAGCUGUAGAGUGAAGCGGUCCGUAAUGGUGGUAGGGAUGUGGCACAGAGGUCUCUGGGCUGAGGGGAGAGGCAGCAGCUUGCUGAAGGGUUUGGUGUCUUUCAGUCUCUCUCUCUAAGGAGGGGGGAGACAGAAUAUCAGUAAGGAUUGUCAUUUUAUCUUCCAUAAAGGUCUGAGUGGUACUUCUCUCUGAGUUUGAGGAAGAAAGAGAACCUGUCUGCUCAUUUAAGAUGGGAUUCAUUGCUCUCUGUCAUAGCUGUAAGUUCCAGUAAUGAUUAAGGCUGAAUGCUUUCCUAGUGGUGUGUUGAAUAGCCCUGAAACGUGGUAAUUACUUGUACAUCCCUAAUAAUCAGUCCUCUCCCCUCCCCGUUUCCUGUGCUUUAAAGCCCUUCUUGAGCUGUAUACAGUUUGGGUUUGUGGAGGUGAGGAGAGGUUAGUUGGUGUUCUUUUGUUUUUCUUUUUCUUUUCUUUCCUUUUUUUUUUUUUUUUAGGCCAAAGAAAACAGGACCAUAAUUACACACUUGAAAUUAGACUGCAUGCAAUCGAGUCCCCUUUCUUCACUCUGUCCUGCAUGUUUCUUUCACUUGCAAUGUAUACUGGGUUACAGAAAUUGUUCUGUGUUUUCAUCAUGGCCAACGGCAGACAGAUGCUGGAUUCCCUGUCUGGUAGACCUUCCAUGAUGAUUUUUUUUUCAUGUGUAUUUGUCAUUUUGAGAACAUAUUUUCUAGACAUUUGAGCUCAGAUUUUGCAUAUACUUAAGCAUGCGCUUAAUUUAUGCACAUGAGUAGUUCCACUGAAAUUAAUACUGCAGAAAAUUGAGCAUAUAUGUAAGAUACAGUGGGAUUUUUAAGCUAAUUAGCUGCAGCUGUACUCCCGAAAGUGACUAUAAAAUGGCACAGUGAGAUGCCAAGGUUUAAAGUCUUUUACAAGUUAAAAUAAGCAUAUAAAUCUUGGGAGCUCACUCUAGGAUCGGAAAAGUCAGCUUAGGCUCUGUAAUCAAGAUUUUUCUCAUGAAACCUAACGAUCAGUGUCCUGAGGGAGGGUUCCUUUCCCUCCUUAGUGAGGCUACAAGCUGCGGAAAGGUCAAGUCACCCUUGUCGUGGUAUUUAUUGGCUCUGCAGUACUUCCAAGAAGAAAAGUGUGUUGCUUUAUCAGUGGCGACAGGAGAUGCCAUUCUCGAUCUUGCAUGGGGAGGACAUUUUGAGAAGUAAGGACUUUCCGUUCUCAUAUAGUUUAUUCUCUGACCACCACAGCCCCCUGAAAUAUUCCUGUUGAAGUUAGUGCUUUACUUAGCGUGUAUCUAUAACGUGAUAACUGUUAAUACUUUAUGGACAUCGUCGUGUGUGUGUUACACUAAUAGAAGCACGUUAAAUACAGCAGAGGCUGAACCAAAACGGGGCUUUAGUAUCUCCAUGAUAUCUGAGUAAAGUUGUCUUCAAGUAUCUCCUUAGAGGUGUCACUUGGAUUAUUUUUCAGUGCUGCACUUAGAAUUGAUUUAAAUAAAUCGUUUGUUACUGAU